AUGAUAACAUUACAAUCAACUAUUAUUUUAACCCUCGUCCUACUGAUGCAAGAAUCUCACUGUUCCGAAGACAGAUACAUAAGAUACGUCAAAGACGCCUGCUUCAUCAAAGGCGAAGCGUUUUCUUGUGUCAAAUACAAAGCAUUGAAACUCGCUAAGAAAACCUUUUUCGGAGACUUAAAUAGUAAUGAAACUAUAAGAGCGAAUGCAAUGAUUAGUUUCGUACCGUUAGAUGAAGAAACUAUUAAGAAUCUGACUGUUAAUGAAGAUGUUGAUCUUGUAGCUAACGAACCGAGGAGUUUCUUGUCGGAGUGGACUGAAAUAGCUAAAUAUUUUAUGAGUUUAGUCAAAGAGUUCUUUAAGAUGAAAGGAUUAAGAGUAAAUUUGCCGGAAGGUGCGAGAACUAUUGAAGAACAAGACGUUGACGGCGGUCGUGGAAAGAAAAAGAAAUUAGCCAUUAUGAUACCACUUCUAAACCUUCUGGCGACUCUCAAGACAAAAAUGCUGCUGAUUCCUAUACUUCUGGGAGUGAUGCUGAUCAAGAAGCUGCUACUGGUAGCAGCACUGUUGCUGCCGAGCUUACUAAGCACACUAAAGGCUUGCAAGCAUCAUCAUCCAAUGACACACUAUUCGUACUUCGGCGGUGACUCCUCCUCCGACUUCAACUCAGACUACGGUAGCAGUUACGCCUACUCAUCUGGUGGAGGAUAUGGCAAGGACUGGCCUUCGAACCGAGCUUAUACAUUACCUAAACAUAGACCUACGUCAUCACCGGUAUAUAUAACUGCUCCUGGAGCCUCACUUUAA